GCGUUGUGUACAUGAUGCUCGUAUACUUAGCAAAAUGUAAUGUCAUUAUCAUUCAACAUGGCGGAAGGCGGUGGACCUCCCGAACUUCAAGAACAGAAGACUCAAAUUUGUGAACUGCUGAAGACCCCUUUGAAAAAGGGGGAUACGUGGUACCUACUGGACAGCAAGUGGUUCAAACAAUGGAAGAAGUAUGUCGGCUAUGACAGCUGGGACAUGUAUAACCUGGGCAAUGAGACCAGCAACCCUGGCCCUAUCGACAACUCGGGACUCUUUGCCGCGGACUCCACAGACAAGCUGAAGGAAAACUUGAUCGACGACCUAGACUACCUUCUGCUGCCCACAGACGCGUGGGACAAGCUGGCCUCAUGGUACGGCACGACACCCAGCCAGGAAGCCAUCAAACGCAAGGUGGUAGAGUACGGAAUGUUUGUCAAGCACUGUAAGGUAGAGGUCUACCUCAUGGAACUCAAACUGUCCGAGCACGGUAACCCAGAGAAGUACGUGUCGCAGCAGUUCAGCAAGGCUGACACGAUAGAUAUUAUCGAGAAAGCCAUGAGGAAGUUGUUUGACAUCAGCGAGGAGAGGGAGACGAGGAUAUGGAAUAAGUACAUGAGUAACACCUACGAACACCUGAGUAAGAAGGAGAACACGGUGCAAGAUGCUGGGCUGUAUCAGGGACAGGUUCUGGUCAUCGAGCAGAAGAACGAAGACGGAAAUUGGCCCCGGCAGACACCCACCACCUCCAGCUACAGUAGCACCAAGGACUCCAAGUAUAUCUCCAGUGCAUCCUCCUCAAGAAGUACCCCAUCCACCUACAGUUCCUACGGCAGUAACUCCUACUCGGGCUACAACAGUACCAGCAACUAUGAGUACAAUAGUGGCAGCAGUCGGUCAGGCUUGCAGGCCGGCCUGUGUGGGCUCAGUAACCUCGGCAAUACGUGCUUCAUGAACUCUGCUCUGCAGUGUAUGAGCAACGUGCCGCUGCUCACCGAGUAUUUCCUCACUGAGGCCUACAAAGAUGAGUUGAAUUACAACAAUCCCUUGGGUAUGCAUGGAGAGAUCGCCAAAUCCUACGCUGAACUCAUCAAACAAAUGUGGUCCGGCUCAUACUCGUACACAGUGCCUAGAAAUUUCAAGAUGCAAGUUGGUCGUUUUGCGCCUCAGUUUUCCGGUUUCCAGCAGCAGGAUUCCCAAGAGCUCCUGGCCUUCCUGCUGGACGGUCUCCACGAAGACCUGAACAGGAUCCAGAAGAAGCCUUACAUUGAGAUGAAAGAGAACAACGGCAGAUCCGACGAGGUCGUUGCCCAGGAAUCCUGGGGCAACCACCUGCGACGGAACGACUCCAUCAUCACGGACCUGUUCCACGGCCAGUUCAAGUCCACCCUGGUCUGCCCCGAGUGCAGCAAGGUGUCCGUGACCUUUGACCCCUUCUGCUUUCUCAGCCUCCCCUUACCGAUCAAGAAAGAGCGGUCCAUGGAGAUCGUGUUGAUUCGGAUGGAUCCCACGUGCAAACCCUUACAGAUGAAAGUUGUCGUCCCCAAGUUGGGUAUGGUGUACGACAUCUGCAAAGCUGUGUCUAAGAUUACCAAAAUAUUGCCAGACAAGAUGGUAGUAACAGAUGUCUACAACCACCGUUUCCAUUUAGUAUUUGCCCCCAACGAUCGCAUCAAGAAUAUUACAGAUAAGGACGAUAUUUAUGUAUACGAAGUACCAGUCAAUGUUGCUGAUGAUCCCGAGGUUGUCAUUCUCCCCGUCUACCUCCGAGAGAAGAGCGUAAAGAAUUCAACCUAUAGCUACAGUCAAAACAACUACAACCUGUUUGGGCAGCCAAUGUUGGUACCCGUCCCACGCAAGUUGCUCAAAUACCCAGAGCUGUACCAGAUCAUGCUCAACAAGAUGUCGAGAUACGUCAGUAUACCUGAGAAUGAAAAUUGGACGAACAGUGACAAGGAAGGCAACGAAAUCAUAGAAAAUGGAGAAACAGAUAUGGAUUCCGACUCGGACUCGACGCAGGACAACAACACGAGCGAAGAGAACGAGGGCAGCAAACAGGACGUCAAAGACGACAAGAAACUACCGGGACUGUUUGGCAUGACCUUAGUCAACUCCUACGGUAGCGCUGAGCUGGCCAAACUCAAAGACGACGGCAACGUUAUCAAAUUCACAAAUCGAUCAUAUGUAGCUUUAGACUGGUAUCCCAAAGCCAAAGACAAAUUGUACAGUGACGAAGAGGCUGAGGCGUACGACAUCCAUGAAAGUAUGAACUACCAAAGCACAUCGCGCAGACAGCACAUUGACCUAAGUGACUGCAUCAAUCUCUUCAUCACAGAGGAAACGCUAGAAAAGGAAGAUUCAUGGUAUUGUCCAGCAUGCAAAAAACACCAAGAGGCUACCAAGAAAUUUGACCUGUGGCAACUGCCCAAGGUGCUAGUGGUGCAUUUAAAACGCUUCUCCUACACUCGCUUCUGGAGAGACAAGCUUGACACGGUGGUCAACUUCCCACUCGAGAAUUUAGAUAUGACACAGUAUGUCAUCAAUCCCAAGGAAGGCUCAUACAAAUAUGACCUGGUUGCCGUGGCCAAUCACUUCGGAGGGCUUGGAGGUGGUCACUAUUUUUCAUAUGCAAAGAACGCCAAAACGAAAAACUGGUACAACUUUGACGACAGCUCCGUAUCCAGGGUAGACAGUGAUGCUGUGGUGACGAAAGGAGCCUAUGUACUAUUCUACAUCCGCAAAGACUGUCACGCCCCACCCAGGUCUGGGAUCCCGGCCACAGUCUCACGGGCUAGCGCUGAUGAAGACGGCGAGCUCAGUAACGGUGCAAUGACGAACGGUCGGCAGUCAUCCAGUGGGGAUGCGUCGGAGGAUGGCGACGACAUGGACACCAACUAGACACGGAGCACCGGGGACAUCUGGCACAGCUGUGGAGUCCGUCACUAGUCAGUCACAGGUCGAUUCACACAAGUCCGUCAUAAGUCACAUCACAAUCCACGUCACAAAUCCAUCAGAAGUCAAUCAUAAGUCAGAAGUCGCAUCACAGGUCCAUCACAAGGUGCAUCACAAGUCAGGUUCCAAGUAACAGGGGAUGAACAAAGGACAAAAGAAAAGCCUCUGCGACAAUUCACUUGAAUAGCUUGUGACUUGACUCGUGGCUGAGUGACUUGAGAUGUUAUGACUUGUUGUGAUGAGACUACAUCUCCGACAUCCAGCAUCCUCUCAUCAAACGCAUUAUUACUGUUGUUGAUGUCAUUAAACACCUUUGUGCAUGUCAUUAGUGAUACAUGAGAGUUAAACACUUGAGAGAUUUUGCUUCAAUUCAUCAGAGUGCUUAUUGGUUAUAGGUUAA